CUUCUUGACAUCCUCCCCUUCUUCUCACCGCCCACGCCGCCAUGUCGUACAACCAUCACUCGUCCCGCGGCCCGCCAAGAGGCUAUGCAUCCUCCUCUGCAUCAUCGUCGACGGCCAAUGCCAUCUCAGCCUUUGCUGACUGGGCGGCCAAAUCGAUUGACCCAGAGAUGAGGAUCACGCCCGUCCAGUCCUAUGUCGAGCGAUGCUGCGAUCCCAUCAACUCGCAGCCUAAUCUGGCUCUCAAUCUCGAGCUUGCAGAUCAUAUCAAAAGCAAGCAAGCAAAUACCCCCCGCGAGGCAGCCUUCGCCGUUGUGCAGAAAGUCAAUUCGCGUCAUCCUCACAUCUCUCUACUGGGACUUGACCUUCUGGAUCACCUCGUCAAGAAUGUAGGCUACCCUUUCCACCUCCAAAUCGCAACAAAGGAGUUUCUCAACGAACUCGUCAAACGAUUCCCCGAGCGGCCCCCUCUCUUCCCUUCGCCAUCGCAAACCAAGAUCCUCGCCCUCAUCCACGAAUGGAGAAACACCCUCUGCGUUGAUUCGAAGCAUAAGGAGGACCUCGUACACAUUCGCGAUAUGCACCGGCUGCUCACGUAUAAAGGAUACCGUUUCCCCAACUUGGACUCCAGGGCAAAGGGGGUGAUGCAGCCCACGAAUAAUCUGCGCUCGCCCGAGGAGUUAGAAGAGGAGGAUAGGGCGGCGCAGGCUGCUAAGCUGCAAGAGUUGAUCAGGAGGGGUACGCCGAGAGAUUUGGAACAGGCGCAGGAGCUGAUGAAAAUCAUGUCCGGGGCGGAACCGGAGAGCAAGCCCGAUUACGCCUCACAAACGGAAAAAGAGCUUGACAAGGUCCAAUCACGCGCUAUCCUGCUCAACGACAUGCUCAACAACUACCAAGCCGGAGAGCGAUUCGUCAAGGGGGACGGCUAUGAUCAAAUCGCUGGCCAUCUGCGCGGUGUCCAGCCGAGACUUCAGAAGUGGAUCUCAGAAGCAGAAGAUGGAGAGUCGCAGCAGAUGGACAGGCUGUUGUUGCUUAACGAUCUGGUCAAUCAGGUCUGCGAACGAUACCAGGCGUUCAAGAAGGGAGACUUGAGCGCUACGGUCAACAUUGACCCCAGUAUCGACCCUGCCAAAGGAGGCUCCGCGGCUGUGCCUACUGCCAAGAUCAGUGAUCUCAUUUCGUUUGACGACGAGGGAAGCGCUGCAGCAGCGGACUCGGCGGCCAAGCCGGCCGCCUCGUCCUCGUCGAUCAUGGACGACUUCGCAAGCCUCACCUUUGACUCUGCUCCUUCCGCUGCUACGACAGCAGCAGCGAGCUCAUCAUCGACCGGCACUGGUCCUGGAGGUCUCCCUGCUAAUCUCUUCGACACAAGCAAGCUGUCCCGCCCACCAGCGGGAGGUGCAGCAUACCAGUCAACUUUUGGAGCAGCGACGCCGCCGAUGGGAGGGGCAGUGACCCCAGGCGGUGGCAACGCAGCCAUUCCAGCACAGAGCUCAGGCUCACAGCUCGGCGGCUGGGGAGCACUACAGCUGCCCACAGCAGGCGCUAGCUCAUCAGCCUCAUCGCCCUCGCCGGCCCAGCCUGCAGCAUCAUCAAAGAAUGGCAGUGGCAAGGGGAAGGACCCUUUUGAGGAUUUGCUAGCAUAGUGUUAGAGCGCGAGCGUUUUCAGAAGUAAUUUGAAAUCAAAGUUACCAGUUCUGUACCAGAG